AUGAUUGGAACCGUCUCGGACGAUCUUACCUUACAAAUCCUUGAUGUUCGGCAAAGCGAGACUAAUAAGUCAGCUUCUCAAGGUCAAGGCCAUACUGAUGCUGUCAAUUCAUUAGCAUUCAACCCAGCGUCGGAGUUCGUCCUAGCGACUGGCUCAGCUGACAAAACGAUUGCGCUCUGGGACUUGAGGAAUUUGAAGGACAAGCUCCAUUCGCUUGAGGGUCACAGCGACAUCGUUACGUCACUGGCAUGGCACCCAUUCGAGGAGGCUGUCUUGGCAAGUGGGAGUGACGAUCGUCGUGUGAUAUUCUGGGAUCUUAGCAGAGUCGGAGAAGAACAAUUACCAGACGACCAAGAGGAUGGCCCACCAGAGCUCAGCAGGCUGUUUAUGCAUGGUGGCCACACAAACAGCGUAGCAGAUUUCUGCUGGAACUUGAAUGAACCAUGGGUUGUGUGCAGCGCUGCUCAAGACAACCUCAUCCAAAUCUGGAAAGUAGCUGAGGCGAUUGUUGGAAAGGAUCUUGAAGAUGUCCCGAUGGAUGAGAUUGAGAGAUGA